GUUCAGUGAAGCCCAAGCAAAGCCCAUGGCGAUCUGCUACUAUUGCAAAGAUAUUUAAACUUGGGGUUUGUAUGGUGGACAACUCGGCGUGAGUUGCGUUCUAGGCCAGCCUCUCUCAUCUCGUCCUAGCGCUCACUCAGAUCACAACUGAAUGCAGAAACAACGGCUUCGACGUAGCAUCAGCGCCCGUGAAAGGCCGCCUAUGAUUGACGUUAGGGUCGCGUCGCCGUUCCUGGCUGUAUCGAAAUCGUCUCGAUCGGCCAAGGCGUUGGUGCAGCAUGCCCAGGCUCUCCAGAGAGUAUCCCAGGACAGCGACGCACGACACGAAUCCACGGAUGGCGGCGCUGCAUACAUCAGUCAGAAUCCGGUGCCACCGCCAGAACAGCCAGCUGGAGCCAUGGUCGACUUGGUCGUAGAUGAAAUUUGCUCGACGGAAGCCACGUACGUGAAAAACCUCGGCAUACUCGUCGAGUCGUUCGUGAAGCCACUACAAGACGACAAACACGAUAUGAUGGCCAACACGGCCGUGGCCGUCUUCUUCAGCACCCUCGAAGAACUCGUGAAACUCAACUCGACAUUUCUGGAAGAGCUCAUGCAAGUGACGAUCCAGGAAGAGCCAGGCCACGACGCCACCGAGCGCAUUGGCGUACUCUUCAACCAGUUCAUUCCGCUCUUCACGUCGUUCUACUCGGACUACGCCAAGUUCUUUGACGACUUCACGCCGCUGUUGCGCGAUUUCAAGACCCAGUCCAAGCGCCUCUCGACCUUUCUCGACCAAUGCCAGCGAAAGUGCAACUCGAGUCAAUCGUUUGAGAGCUUGCUCAUUUUGCCAAUCCAGCGGAUCCCGCGGUACAAUCUGCUGCUCAAGCGAGUUGUCGAACACACGCAAAGUGGCCAUCCGUACCUGGCCUCCCUUCGACAGACUGUGCAUGCGAUGGGGGAAGCGGCGCAGCGCAUGGACGAAACAUUGCGACAGAAGGAGCAGACGGAGAUCGUGCUCUCGAUCCAAGCCCAAUUCGCAGGCCAAGUGUCGUUGUUUGCACUCAACCGGCGCUUUGUGCGGUCUGGAAUGCUCGUCAAGAUGUCCACCAAGCGCAAAGACAAGGUCAUGGUCCACAUGUUCAAUGACAUGCUCCUGUACAGCGACGUGGUGUCGGCUGACACUUUCCACGCGCGCCGCGUGGUGGACUUCCGCUCCAGCGCAUGUCGGGUGGAUGAGACGGUUCCGUCGUCGUAUGUGAACCUGUUUGGCGCGGAUGCCCUCGAGUGUGGCUUCAUGAUGAUCAGCGCGGAAAAGUCUUUUGUGUUGUUUGCGGCAACGGUGCAGGACAAGCAGGCGUGGGUGUCUGCCAUCGGCAGUCUGAUCGCACACACCCAAGCCACGACGACGUCGCCAGCCGUGGACAACGCCGCAGCGGUCGUGUGGAUCCCGGACAGUGUCGCAGAAGAAUGCAGUCAGUGCGGGAAGCCGUUCCGACUGCUCUGGCGCCGCCACCAUUGCCGACGAUGUGGGUUUGUCGUGUGUGGCCACUGUUCCGAACAUCGAUCCAUCUUGUUUGACAACGACCCGCGACCGGUGCGGGUGUGCACAACCUGCCACAACGUACUGACCAAAGUGAAAGAGUGCGCUCUGUUGUGGCUCGGGUGCGUGAUCGAGUUCAAGAAGCGAAAGCUCCUGCGUCGAGACCGCAAGAACAAGUGGAGCGACUACGAGUUUGAUAUUAAGGGCGGGAUCUUACGGCAGUACCACGGCGGGAUGGUCGUGAAGACGCUCAACUUGUCAGGGGCGAUUGUCGUGCGUCGUCGAGACCAACGGUCGCUGUACUGCUUUCAGAUCUCCACCACGUUUGAUGUAAUCACGACCAACGUACCACCACCUCCCGCUUCGUCGGGCUUCAAGAUGUCCCCGCUCAAGCCGAAACGAUUCGACAAAGCCGGCAUGGGUACUAGUACUAGUACUACUAGUACUAGUACUAGUAGCCGUUGGGAUGACCAAGAGUGGCUACUGUGUGCGUACUCGAACGACGAGCUCGUCGAGUGGACCCAUGCGAUUGAAGAGUCGGCCAACAAGGCGUUGAAACGGACGUCGACGGUCCGGAGUCGAUCGGUGGAUGGCGACGAUCCGGACGCGGGACGGGGCUUGGAGCACCAGAGUGGCAGCAUCGACUUGGACCAACUCGACUAUUUAGUGUACGAUGACGAAAAAGCCGAGCGGUACCGACACCAAAUUCUCACGGAAAUCGUCCGCUCGGAGCAGAGUUACGUCGAGUGCCUGGGCACGUGCAUUCGCAUGUUUGUGCAGCCGCUGAUGCUGCGGGAAGUGGAGCGGAAGCGCAGCGUCGAGCACAACAGCAAACUCAGUCUGCAGCGCCGAUUCUCUCAAAUGUCAUUGAAAAAGCACGAGCAAAUCAAGAAAACGUUCACGCUCAUGGGGCUCAAUCGACGCGCGAACGUCCCCAAUGGACUCUUGAGCACGGUGAUCCAGGACAGCUGCACCAAGAAGACCCUGCUGGACGCCGACAUGUCGAUCUUUUUCACGAGUAUGGGCCAAAUUUACACGCUGAACCAGCAAUUUCUGGAGCAUUUAACACGCCACUUGAAGGAGACUGAAAUUGGAGGCACCACGACCAUCCAUCGAGUGGGCGCCAUCUUCAAUGCGUACGCGCCUCUGUUUCAAAUGUACUCUUCGUAUGCGCGAUACCACGAGACAGCGUUGGCUGCGAUAGAGUCGGAACGGUUCAUGGUCAUGCUGUCUGAGAUCCAAAUGCCGAUGGACGAAACGACAAUGCACCAAUUGCGCACGUUCCUCAACAUGCCCAUCGAGCGUAUCCCACAGUACAGUUUGUACCUGCAUGACCUGAAGCGAUGGACCACCGACGGACACAUGGACCAUGCGCCGCUGCUGUCGUCCAUCACGGCUGUGAAUCGGGUCGUGCUCAUGCUCCAGGACACGAUCGACGCCCGCGACAGUUUGCGAAAUCUGCGGCAAGUGGAGCUCAAGUACGGCUUACCGCCAGACAAAGACCGGCAGUUCGUCAAGGAAGGGCGGCUGCAAAAGGUGUGCCGCCACGCCGUCAAGGUGUACCACGUCGUGCUCUUCAACAACGCUCUGUUGUACGCUCCGACGGGGUGGAAGGCCAUGUAUGUGCGAAAGCACAAGAUCAUCGACUUGAAGGGAUGCUCGGUCUCGGCUGUGGACUCGCUCACCGACAGCGUCCGGAACGCUUUGUCCCCGAAUAUCACCCACAACAACGCACUUCAGUUUCUGUCGAGUCAAAAGUCGUUUUUGCUGAUUGCAGACUCGCCCACCGACCAAAUCGAAUGGCUGGCCGCCAUACAUGACGCGAUCGUUCGCGUGGAAAUGUCGGCGCGGCUGUCGAUUUCGUCCGUGGACGACGAGGACGCGCACAAUAAUGACGCCGAGUUUGUCAUCAAGUCGGGCUGGCUGCCCGUGAAACGAGGCCACAAGUGGAAGCGGAUGUGGGUAACGGUCGACUACCAGCACGUGUCACUGGCCACGUCCUUCCAAGCCCCCCCCGACGUGCAGCUCCUGAUUGCAGGUUGCGAUGUUGAAUACAUCGCUGACAGCGCCAGCUGCUUUCAAGUGACUGGUGAAGACAUGCUCGAGGACAAUGACGUCGGGGCUUUGACCAAAGAGUUUACGCUGGAUGCGCUGCACGAUCGCGAUGAAUGGAUCCGCGCCAUCGAUCAUUGCGUUCGAUGCAUGCAUUCUGGGGGAGACAUGAUGUCUACCUCGGCUGUGUCCGAGCCCAACUCUGGCUACGCGCCAAUUUACAUGUUUGGCGCUGCCAAGGUUGGACGCGUGAAUAUCCAUAGCUCACACUCGUGAAUACUAACCUUGCGUAUUAACUCUGCUGUAUAGAAUUGCACGCUUUGUUUCGAAAAGUUUGCCCUCAUCCGCACAAGACACCACUGCAAGCGGUGUGGGAAUCAGGUGUGCGGUAAAUGCUCCAAAUCCAAGAUGGUCCUGGCCACAGGCAGCACCAAGCCCGAACGCGUGUGCGACAAGUGCAUGAACGUCCAACGAAACUGCGUGCUGCCCCCAAACUUGUAGCCACGAGAAAAAGAGUAUAAACACGUCAAUAUUAGAUAGAUAUACUGUAUGUAUGUAGUUCUGUACUAGUAGCUAUAAUUGGGGGGGCCCGUGGCAAGGGCAUUUUGCGCAGCGACGCGGACAUAGAACGGCGUGCCGGCUUCGACAUCUUGGACUACAUACGCGCGCAUCGCAUAGCGGUACACAGGCAGCGCUUGGCCUGAAAAGGAAGGGCAGAGUUGGCCUGGGCCGACCGUGAUCGACGACGCAGUGAUGGCUUGGACGGUGUACACGCACUUGGUUUGGCCAAUGGAAAACACAUCCCCGACAAACAACGAGGCCGACAUGUCCGUGGUGACGGCCACGGUGGUCCCCGUGAGGGCUUGGGCGCAGGAUACGCAGAACGGUUUGAGCGAGUUCGUCCCAGGGAGGACGUUCAGGGCGAGCGCCGCCGAUUUCGCCGAUGAGUCGGAUGUCGUCUUGCGGCCAACAGGUCGUAAAUACAGCGCGUUGCACUCGUUGUCGGUGGAUGUUUGCCGCCCGACGCCUUGAAUCUCGUCCAAUCCAGGACCAAAUGUCUUGGUCGUGACGGUCAGGGUUCCCGUGGCAAAGCUGUUGCAGCCGGCAACGAGGGAUGCCACCAUGGUGGGUACGUCCCCCAGCGGCGCCGCGGUCAAAGGCGCGUAAAACGUAACUUCGUACAUGUGGCCAUAGUCCCAGGCAGCAGAAUCGUCACCGUGCUGGACGACCGUGACGGCGCCGUACCCCGCCACACCCCGGAUAAGCGUUUGCAGGUUGGCGGCGGUGAUGCCCCAGUUAACACAACCGACUGUGGUGGUGCCAAUGGCCAGUUGGAACUGCUGGGUUCCCACUAGAGGGGGCACCCCUUGCACGGAAAGGUACUGGACUUCGGCGUUGUCCCCACAGCGACUGCGGAACGUGCGCGUGUUGUCCCAUUCGACGACGUAGCUGGCUACAUUGGAGCCUCCGUAGCUCACUGGUUCUUCCCACACUACGCCAAACGACGUGGCCGUUUGAGGGACGACUUGCACGGACGCAGGCGCCAUGGGCCCCUUUGGCACUGGGAUGUAUGUGGAGAGAGCAGGCUGGAAAGUCCCGUAGCCAACGUUGUUGUAAGCUGCCACCCGAACGUUGUACGCGACGGAGGGAGUCAGCCCCGAGAUCAAGUACGACCGGGGAGCCUUCCCUAUCCGGUGGUGGAACCGCCCCUUGGUGGUUUCAGCUAUAGCGACGGUCACAGUCACACCCACGUCCGCGCCGGACGCCGUGAGAAGCGGGACGUCGCCCAUUUCCGAAUUGAAUUGGACGGUCACAGGUAGGGGGGUUGCAGCGUCGCAGACGCUAACUUGGCCGAUACUGAAUCCGACGGUCGUUUUUACAUACGGAAGGCUGGCUAGGGCGGCGGUGACUUGAGCCAGCGUUGCGGUGGACGAGAUGGGGGAAGUCACGUAGCCCAUAUAGUUUAAUUGAAACAUGUGGCCCGCGCCGGCCGUGCACAGGAGCGUUUGCACUUCGGGGAGAGACCCCGUCACAGCCGUAGGUGAAAUGGUUUCGCCUCCAUUCACAGUGUAUCGUUCGCAAUUCGUCCGCGCAAUAUCCGAACAGACGAGGAGGUUGUUGCCCAGGACGGAUAGCCGAUGUCCAAUUUGAUUCUGUAGCAACGACGCAUACUGCGUGAAUUGGUUUCCAGCGUACAUGACUUGCGCAAAAGUCACGAGCCACGUGUAUCCCUAGAAUCCCAUGGGUUUAGUACACUUAUAAACACAAGCGACGACUUACGUUAGGACCCAAUUCCCGCGUGACGAGCACGGCAUCGAUGGUGCACAGUGCCUGCAACACUUGUUGCAGCUUGACAGCGGAAAUGUCAAAUGGCAGCUCGUCCGUUACUUGGUUGUCAAACAUGAGCUGGAACGUGCCGUCCAAGUACGGGAAUCCGCCGACCGACGGGGCCGACACGGAGAUGACUUCGACGUCGUUCACGCCGUCGGAAAAGUCUGCGUUCUUGACGAUUUGGUUCCACUUGGCAGCUCCGGUGUACCAUUCGACGUUGAACUCGGUCACAUUUUGCCCGCCGUUUUCCAAGGGAUCUUGCCAUUGGACCAGCAGCUGCGUGUCUGAGACGACGUCCACUCGAAGCGCCGACACCACACCCGGGACGUGGUUGGUUGCUUGUACCGACGUGGGGGUGGACACCGCCUUGACCCCGUACCCUGCGACGUUGUGGGCGGCCACUCGGGCGUACACGCUCUGUGCGUUGUUGAGCACGUUCAGUUUGACAAUGUUCACACGGGUGACAGUCGCGAGCGGCGCCAGUGCCGCACGUAGCUUGUAGUCGUUUGCGUUGAACGUUAGGAGGUUCACUGGCACACCGCGACUGAACGUGACGAACCAAUUGAAGCCGUUCUUGGCCACCCUGCGCACGACAUCGACCUUGCACGACAGGGACAACUGCUCGAUCGCAGCUUUCACAUCUUCGGCGGUCGCAGUCACGGGGAUAUCGCUGGUUUUUUCAAGGCGAUACGCGUUCACGUAGGCAUUUUGAACUUUGGUGACCACGGCUGCCGCGGGAGUUGCCCCGGUAAAUGCCCCACAACCAUUCGAUCCUUGGUCCACGACUUGCAUGGUCGGCAGCUUUCCGCGAACGCGGAACCCCGUAAAUGUGAUCGAGUACACGGCUAUGGUCGGGUUUAGGUACAGUUUGCGACUCACUUGCACUUGAUCGAUGGAUGGGAGGGUCUCCAGCUCGGCUUUGAGCGCCGCGCUGUCGGCCGCGUCGGCGAGUGCCGUCACCCCCGACGCCCACAACAAGCAACCGUAUUGGGCAUUGAC